CUCACCAACACAAAUCUCUUCUCUCUACUAUAGUUAGUCGUUCUACACAUUAUAUCCACUUAACGCAAGCUUUGGCUUAGUUUUGUUGUGGAAAGAGUGACGAACGAUUGGUAAUAUAUACGAGAAGUACAUAUAUAGCCAGUAUGAAAAUGUUGUCAGCAGCCACGAUAAUGGUGGUAGUGGCUAUGCUAUCAUUGACCAUCGUGAAAAGUAAUGAAUUGGAAAUUAGGAAGGAUUUGAAGACUACCGUGACGUUGGAUCUUACUGAUCAGGGUACUUCGGGCUACCAGGCAUUCUUGACGAACCUGCGCGAUGAAGUGAAAGCCCAAAACGGGGUCUGCGGCUAACCAACGACGAACGGCACACCAUCAAAAGGCAAGGAAUAUGUUCAUGUAAAACUUACGAUUAGCAAGGUUCCGGAACAAUGGGUCAUCUUAGGAAUAGAUGUGAUGGACCUUUAUGUGGUGGGUUAUACAGACAAUGUCAUGUACGAGGAUCCGAAGAAUAAGAAACGCAAGGAUUAUCGUUCCAGUUUCUUUGUUGACACUCCUAACGCUGCCAUCAAAAGCCUUUUCGUAAAAACGAAUAUAGAAAGAACUACCAAGUUCUCAAGCACCUAUGGCAGCCUCGAGAAAGUCUCCAAAGAAAAAAGAGUGAACCUCAGCUUAAAACUUAAACUCCUCAAGGAAACCAUCCUUGAUGUUUAUGGGAAACAAGAUCCAGAGCCCAAGAAAGAGGCUAAAUUUGUUCUUGUUGCGGUCCAAAUUGUUUCCGAGGCAGCACGUUUUAAAUUCAUGGAGGAAGCCAUAGUUUAUGUGAGAACUGCUUCGACAAAAGCCUUCAGAGAUAAAAUGGUUGAAUUUCAGAAUAAUUGGAAUUCAAUCUCUAAAUCUAUUCAUGAUUCAACACCUCCAUGCACUAAAUUGAAACCACAACAAACAAUAAAUAACAAGAAAUACACUACACUGGAUGACAUUAAAAACGACAUGGCCAUCCUUAAGUUCAAAAGAAGUAAAUAAACUAGAAACUGCUCUAUCGGAUGCUGAUGAUGUACGUUUUCGUUGAUGCAUGAGUUCUCAUCUGAUCGAUCUACAUCCUGCUAUCCUAGUUAAUGUGUAUGUGUGUACGUACUAUGUAUCAUUUUCUACGUUUUUAUCUUCCAUGUUCUAUCUCAUAUGGACUAUGUGCAUGGAUUAUCAAUGAUAAAUAAGCAAUGAUAUUAUAUCA